UAAAAUAUACCAUUUGAUUUUUCUUGUUGUCGUAUGAUGUGGUAUUGUGGUAGUGUGGUGGAUAUUGUGGGUUGUUGUGGAUAUUGUGGUGGUUGUCGGAUGAGAGAAGAGUGAGUAAGUAAGUAUCAUGCCCACCGUAAAUUACGAAAAAGAGUGUCAAGUCGGUAUAGGAAUGUGGCACUUCAAAAUGGCUGCCAGUAACUUUAGUAAUUUACGGCCGUAAUUUCUUUGUUGUUUAUAUAGUAUAAUUAAUAUAUAUUAUUUAUAAAUAUUGAAAUUUUAAAAAUUAUAAUAUUUUAUAAAUAUUAUUAAAAAUUUAGAAUAUACCUAUACUAGUGAAUUUAUAUUUAUGUAAAUAAAAAAAAAAUGAUAUGUUCAAUUGUGAAAAGAUAAUAUGGUUGUUGGUUGGAAUCAACAUUUAUUUAUCACACACAUACAUACAUAUACCAUCAUCAUCAUCAUCAUCAUCUUCAUCAUCAUCAUCAUGUUAAUUGUGCAUCACAAAAAUUUAAGUUUGCUUUAAAGAAAAAUACCCCUUACACUUUACCCCUCAUCUCUAUCAUCAUCAUAAACAUCAUCAACAUCAUCAUCAACAUCUUCAUCAUCAUUAUCAUCAACAUUAAAAUUAACAUUAACACAGAAUUGUUGAUAUUAAAACAAAUGUUUUUAUUAAAUUUGAGUAUUUAUAUUGUUUAUUAAAUUUAAUUUGACAAUAUUGUGUGUGACAAGUGUUGACAGUGAUACGACACAAUUCUGUCAUUUAAUAAAACACGUGAAUAGGUUAAGUUCUGUUUUCUCUCCAAGUGAAAAUAAUAUAUACCUAUAUGCACAUAUAUACAUAACAUACAUAUGUAUAUACAUUCACCAGCCUCUGACUUUGGCUCUAUUGGAUUUUCUGGGGCAGCAACUGGUGAUAUUACCUCUAUUUGUAGAUUAAUGCUGCUGGUGGAUUGGAGCUAGGUCCCAGAGGGCCUAGCAUGGGCAACUAUGAAUCCACCCACUACAAUAAAGGCAAACAGUCGCACUUAUCGUCAAAAAGCAUUAGCUCAAAUACGUAAUUCACUUCUUCCAUUUGCAAAUAUCGGAGGUGCUGGUGAAGUUGGAUCAAGUGCAGCAAGUACAAUAUCAACAUUAUCAACAACAAGUGGUGUUAGUUCAGCAUCUGGAUUAAGUAGUUUAUCUUGUACAUCUGCAUCAUUAAUUGAUAAACCAGAACAACGUCAAGUACUUUGUCAAUUAAUUGGAAUGGGCUAUGCAGAGGAUAUAAGCCUGAGGGCACUUAAAAUAACAAAUUGGCGUAUUGAUUCAGCUGUUGAUUAUAUUAAACAAAUACAAUGUGAAACAACAACAUUACCAACAUUAGCAGCAACAGGUGGAACAACACCAACAGCAACAACAACAACCACAUUAAAUGGUCUAAAAUUAAAUCCAAAAUUAAUUAGAAAACCAAGUUUAGAACGUGAAUUAAAUUUACAACGUGGAUCACCAGCAUUAGAUAGUGGUGCUGGUAGUUCAAGAUCUGAUAGUCCAAGAUUAAAUGAAAUAAGUCCACAUCCACAAUUAAGUCGUCAAUAUUCACCAUCAAAUUUUAUUGAUCGUGAACCACCACCUCCACCACCACCAAGAUGUAGUUCAACACCUCCACCUCCACCACCACCACAUGCACCUUAUAAUCAAUCAAAUGUACCAACAAAUAUGCAACAAAUGCUUAAACGUAUGUCACCAGCACCAGUUAUACCAUCACGUACACCACAAAUAUCAAAUCAAACAACAUCAUCAUCAAAUUGUUCAAGCUCAGUUAUUCCAAUACCACAACGUGGCACAAGUCCAGUUGCAAUAUCAAAUACAACAUCAAAUAGUAGACAACCAAUGAUUGUACAAAAUGGACCACAAGUACAACAACAAUUAUCACAACAAAUACAAGCAUUAAGUAUAUAUCAAUCAAAUAAUAAUAAUAAUAAUAAUAAUAAUAAUACAUCUAAUAAUAAUACAUCUAAUAAUCAAAUUGAACCACCACCACCAUAUCCCAUUGUACCACCACCACCACCACCAUUAUCAUCAUCAUCAUCAUCAUCAAUAACAACAUCUCCAUCAUCUGCUACAGUUGGAGCUGGAACAACAACAACAACAACAGGAACAACAAUAUUACAACCACCUUCAUACAGUGUAUCAAUGCAAAGUCGACAAAGUCCAACUCAAUCACAACAAGAUUAUAGAAAAUCACCAUCAUCUGGUAUUUAUUCUGGUCCAACAUCAGCUGGUUCACCAAGUCCAAUAACAGUAUCAACAACACCAUCAAGUUCUCAAAGUUCAAUGGCAAGACCAACACCACUUCAAGCAUGGGGUGCAAGACAAGCUAAAACACAACCUCCAAUUAUUAUGCAAUCUGUUAAAAGUACACAAGUACAAAAACCAGUACUUCAAACAGCCAUUGCACCAACUGCACCACAACCAGUAUCAACAAGUAAUACUCCACCACCACCACCUCCCUCUUAUGCAUCAUCAAUACAACAAAAACAACAAAAACAGCAACAACAACAUCAUCAUAAUCAUAAUCAUCAUAACCAACAACAACAUCAACAACAACAACAACAACAACAACAACAGCAAAGAGAACGAGAGCAACCAAGUCCACAGCAACACCAACAACAACAACAACAACAACAACCACCACCACCACCUUUAUAUCCACCAGUAACUAAUAAUAAUAAUAAUAAUAAUAAUAAUCCACCAAGUCAUCCACCUUCACCUGGUGCAAUGAGUCAAUUAGUUGUACCAACGACUGAACCACCAAGUUAUGCAACAACAAUGCAAGUACUUGCAGCACAACGAACAAUGAACACUCCAUUACCAUUACCACCACCACCACCCUACGGUGGUAAAAUAAAAGAUGAAGCGACAUUAAAUGAAUCAAAUAAUAGUAAUAAUAAUAAUAAUAGUAAUAAUAAUAAUAAUAAUAAUAAUGCACCACGAUCAUCACCAGUUGCUCAUCAUCCACCAUUACAAAGAAAAUAUUCACCAAUUGAUAAUAAUCAUAAUAAUAACAGCAAUAAUAAUAAUCAUCAUCAUCAUCUUCAACAACAGCAUCCAAUGGAAUCACCACCACUUCCACCAACAGCAUCGUCUUCAGUAACAGCAAGAAAUACAAAUAAUAGUAAUUCAAAUAAUUCUCAUAAUAUUAAUAAUAAUUUAAAUCACAACAACAACAACAACAAUAAUCAUAAUCAUGUUAAUCAUAAUAAUAAUAUCAACAACAACAACAACAAUCAUAAUAAUCAUAAUAGUAAUAAUAAACCACCAUCACCAGAUAAUUGUGCUGGUGCUGCUAGUGGUGCUGCUGGUUGUUCUGCUGGUGCUGGUUGUAGUAGUGGUGCCAAAGGACAUUAUAAAAUAAAACAUCAAUCACCAAUACCAGAACGUAAACAUAUGAGUAAAGAAAAAGAAGAAGAAAGACGUGAUUGUAAAGUUAGAAAUUAUUCACCACAAGCAUUUAAAUUUUUCAUGGAACAACAUAUUGAAAAUGUAUUAAAAUCUCAUAAACAACGUAUUUAUCGUAGAUUACAAUUAGAAACUGAAAUGGCUAAAAUUGGAUUAAGUGAAGAGGCACAACGUCAAAUGAGAAAAAUGUUAUCACAAAAAGAAUCAAAUUAUAUUAGAUUAAAAAGAGCAAAAAUGGAUAAAUCAAUGUUUUGUAAAUUAACAACAAUUGGACGUGGUGCAUUUGGUGAAGUAACACUUGUUAAAAAAUUAGAUACAAAUCAAUUUUAUGCAAUGAAAACAUUAAAUAAAAAAGAUGUAUUAAAUCGUAAUCAAGUUGCUCAUGUUAAAGCUGAACGUGAUAUUUUAGCUGAAGCUGAUAAUGAAUGGGUUGUUAAACUUUAUUAUUCAUUUCAAGAUAGAGAAUAUCUUUAUUUUGUUAUGGAUUAUAUACCUGGUGGUGAUUUAAUGGCAUUACUUAUUAAAUUUAGUAUAUUUCAAGAAUCAUUAGCUCAAUUUUAUAUUGCUGAAUUAACAUGUGCUGUUGAAAGUGUACAUAAAAUGGGAUUUAUACAUCGUGAUAUUAAACCAGAUAAUAUUCUCAUUGAUCGUGAUGGACAUAUUAAAUUAACUGAUUUUGGAUUGUGUACUGGUUUUCGAUGGACUCACAAUUCAAAGUAUUACCAACAAAAUGGACAUGGUAGACAGGAUUCAAUGGAUCCAUCUGAUGAUUGGGGCAAUGAAUGUCAUUGUAAUUUAAAAAAACCAUUAGAAAGAAGACGACAAAGAGAACAUGCUAGAUGUUUAGCUCAUUCAUUAGUUGGUACACCAAAUUACAUUGCUCCUGAAGUAUUACAAAGAAUUGGUUAUACUCAACUUUGUGAUUGGUGGAGUGUUGGUGUUAUAUUAUAUGAAAUGUUAGUUGGAGCACCACCAUUUCAUGCAAAUACACCAGCUGAAACUCAAUACAAGGUAAUCAAUUGGGAAAAAUCACUACGUAUACCAAGACAAGCAAAUUUAUCACAACCAAGCAAAGAUUUAAUAUUAAAAUUAUGCACUGGUGCAGAAAAUCGCCUUGGUAAAAAUGCUGAUGAAGUUAAAAAUCAUCCAUUUUUUUCAAAUAUUGAUUUUGAAGCUGGUUUACGUCAUCAAACAGCACCAUAUAUACCAAUUAUUAAAUUUCCAACAGAUACUAGUAAUUUUGAUCCAGUUGAUUCACAUAAUAUACAAAAUUCUGAAUCAACUGAUUCACGUGAUGCUAAUCGUUCAAUCGUUGAUAUUGGUCCAAUUCAUGGAUUUUUUGAAUUUACAUUUCGUCGUUUUUUUGAUGAUGGUGGAGGUCCUUCAAGUUCAUUUAAUAAUAGAGUUAAUUUGGAUGAAAAUGAUAAUCAGGGACCUGUUUACGUAUGACAUUAGGUUUUUGUCCGGACAUGAAAAUUAAAUUAAACACUUUUCAUCAUCAUCUUCAUUAUCUUUAUCAUCUUAAUCAUCUUUUUCAUCUUCAUAAUCAUUAUCAUCAUUUUUAUCAUUUUAAUUAUUAUACAUAGUGAAAAAUCAUUGUAUUUAUUUUGUCCGGACUAGACUUACAUAUGGCAACAACUUUGUGUUAAACAAAAAAUUUAAAAAAAAUUUUUUAAAUAAAACAAAGAUAGGAAGUGAGAAAUAAUAAUAAUAUUAAUUAAAUAAAAUAGAAAUAUAUUCAAAUAAUAAAAUGAGGGAAUUAAAAAAAAAAAAAAAAGUGCGCGUUUGUGUGUUUUAUCGAGUACUGUGAUAUUGCAGAUAAUUAGCUUAAAUGUGUGGCUUAAAAAAUCUAAACUCGGUUUUAUUUAUUGCUUUUCUGUUUUUUUCUUUUUUUUUUAUAUUAAAAAAAAAAUGAUAAAUAGAUAGAUACGUCUAAUAUAUAUAUUUAUAUGGCAAUUAUUAUUGUUAUUAGACGUUUUAAUUAAUUGUUAUUAAUUAUUAAUUAUUGAUUAAUUAAUAAUCUUAAUUAAUAAUAAUUUGUAUAGAAGAAAAAUUAAACUAAAUUAGCCGUAAUGUUUUCAUUGUAGAUUUUUUUUUUUUUUCUUUUUGCCACUAAGCACAUGUAUUUUGCUACAUAAUGUCAAUUAAUAUUUUUUAUUUAUAUACAACAAUAAUAUUCAACUGUGGCAAUUUAUAUGGUUUAGAAAUUAAUUUUUUUAGAAAAAAAAAAAAAAAAAGUGUGCCUUUAUAAUUGAUAAUUGAUAAACUUUGCACUUGCAUCAAAUGAAGGACAAAUACAAUUAGGAAAUAUAUUUUUCAUGUGUACAAAUGUAAGAUUUAUUAUAAAAAAAAGAAAAUCACUAGGCCUUCUUUUUGAUGAAAAAAAAAAAAUUGCAGUGUAGAUAAUUUAACAAUUUUAAUUAUUUGAAAUAUCGACAAUAAUAUUGUUUAACGUAUGCUUGUGUAAAUGACGAAUGUCAAUGAUUAUUAAUUAAUGUGAGUGUGUCUCUAUUUUUAUUUAAACAAAAAAAAAAAAAAAUAUAGAAUGAUUAAAAUAUUUUAAUAAUGGGGCAGUUGGUUAUGAGGAUCGAGUCUCAAAAGAGUCAAGCUUUUUAUUAUUUACAAUUAUUAAGUAUAUAUCACGAGCAAGAACAAAUAAUUAGAAAACAAAUUAUUAAAUUAUAAAUAAUAAAGAUGUCAUAUUUUCAUAUAUAUCAUGUACACAAUUAGUAGCUCUAGAUAAAUCUGAUAAAAAAAAAAUUAAAACAAGUACCUUUGCCUUAAACAAUUGCCUUGAGAAAA